AUGAAGGCCGAGGAGGUCGAUGCUUUCGCUUUGAGGUGGCACAGCUUCUUCGGUUUUCGGGAAGUGGAAGUGGUGUUGCACCGCAUACCACUCGCAGCACCUCUGGCGUGCACGUCCUCAGUGCUUCAGGCUGUGGCAGUGACACAAAACGAGGAGACAUUACAAACAAAUGCCGCAGAAGUCAUCACCGAAGCGGCAUGGCUCCAGUUUCGGUUUACCAUCGUGGUGGACAUUUUGCUGAACUGCGUUGGGUUGGGAUGUUUGUGCCUGGUGACUUGGAAGUGCCGUUAUGGAGGUAUGGAUGCCCAGCCGGUGCUUUAUUGCUUUUCUGCUUCGGAGAUUAGGCUUCUGAUCGUUGAAAGAUGUCCCGAUCAAUCCAGGCAGGAUGUGGAUUAUCGUAUUAACGGAAAAGACAUAGAAUUGCUGAAUGAUGAGCAUGUAUUCCUUGGUCGUCCUGUGUUUGCCCUCGACAAUAUGUUUGAUGUGUUUUUCUUGUUUGCCGGCUUCAAUGCUAUCUGGCGCCAGACGGGUCUCUGCAGCAAGCAAGAGUUGGAGCCGUUCUGGCUGCCAGCCUUUUGCUCGAUGUACUGGCUCCGACUCAUGUACAGCCUUCGUGGAGAGCGGUGGCUGGGGCCCUACCUCUUACCGAUUAUAUCAGCCGUUCGAGACACCGGGGCGUUUCUCUUCGUCACCUCCCUCUGUGUCGCAAGUGCGACCCAUGCCUACGUGAUCAUGAACCCCCGAGGUGAAGCAAUGAAUAGCGACGACGAAUACCCCAUCUACUCUUCGUUCUUGCACACGGUUCGAUUGGCCAUCUUCGGUGAUUUUGACCUCUUUGAAUACCAGGGCCAAGACACCACCUUUGAGCAAGUGGAUGGCGAGUGGGCGCCGAAUGACCCCAGCCCAAAAGAUGUGGGAGAGCUCCCUUAUAUCUACCUGCAGCUGUGCUUCUUCGUCACGGGGAUUGGCAUUACGGUGCUGCUUAUGAACCUGCUGAUUGCCAUCCUAGGCCAGAACUACGAGAUACAUCAGGGUCGGGCGCAAGUGCUCUUCAUGCAGGCCCGUGCACGUAUGCUGCUGGAGGUGCAGUGGAGGCCUUGGAUGUUGAUGAGCAGCUGGCUGGGACGCCAUCUCUGGGACCGCAGAGCUCCUGAGCCUCCGCACCCUAACUGGCUGCUUGCGACGCUCCCAGAGAUAGCACUUAGCCCUCUCAAGGAGAUCAUGGCGCCUCCUCCUGCCCGUCAACGGGCUUCUUACCAGAGGAACAUCUUCGAACGAUUCAGGCAGCAGGUGCUGCGUGCUCUCUGGAGCCUUGAUCGGAAGUACCCCAUCUGUCGCGUUGCCAUGCCCGUAGUCUGUCUGGUGUUGCUCGCCGGGUCCCUGAUCAGCUGGCUGAUUUUUGUCGCCAUCGCCAUUAACUUCUCAUUGAGUCCCACAACCCUGCAAGGCCUUCGGUACACGAUCAAUCGCAGCUUCUUCGGCUUGUAUGGGGAUUGCUUUGCCGAGGAGUGCGAGAUUUUUGCAUUGGUCCGGACAGACACCGGGUUGGACGAUAUGCGAAGCAUGCGCAGCGACCUGAAGGACUUCAGAAACUUUGUUGGCUUACCUGCGAUGGUUAGCAAGACAUUUUGCUACUUCCCUGCAUGCUUGUAUACAGUACUGGGCUCUGAAAUAAUAGAAGACGGCCUCCAAGUGGUUGGUCUACAUGGCAUAAUUCGUGGAUCGGUCCUGUAG